AGCAGAGAGAAAAAGGUGAAGUGGGAAGGGGGAUGGAUAUGGAUGUUGACGUGCCUCCUUCUUCCCUGGUCCAGUGUGGCUGUGCCUUUGCAAUCAUGUUGCAUGGUUGGAUGAUGGUUCCCUAGACAGACUGUUAUUAUUCUUUCUUCCCGCUGGCUCUCUCUCUCUCCCUUCCCCCUGGGCAGUCGGUUACUUUGUCGCUUCAAACGCGUUUGCGCUCCGAGUCAACGAUCAACCCAACUAAUGAAUUCCUCCUUCUGAGUUUUGAAUUCCGUCCGACCAUUUCUCAGACGCCCAAUCGCCCAGACCUUCGUUGUUUUGUUCUUUCUUUCUUUCUUCAAUCCCAGAGAGAAGCAUCUCUCAGAAGGCUUUCAUCUGUUGCAGGGGCUCUGAAGUUUCUUCAUCUUGAUCAGUAAUGAUGGCGGAAGGUAUUGAUGCCCAAAUCAAUGGUGAGAAAAAUGGGGUUGAAGAUGGUUAUGAGAUAGCAAAUUCUAACGACACGCCGGUUGUUGUAAAAGGUGCACCCAAGAUUCCUUCUCGUUAUCUAAGUAGUCGGAUUCCUUCCUGCCAUGAUUAUUGCAAAUAUGGCAUCCAACAUUCUGCUGAAGCUAAGCCACGGAGUGCCGCAGGGAAAAAAUUCAUAGCCAGUGGUAGAAAAACCAAAGCUUCUGAAGAAAUCGUUAUUUCUGUGGCAGGGAUGAAGAAAUCAGCAAGCGGUUUGAAUGAUUCUCCAACUUUAAAAUUGGGAAAGCCUGAAACAACCAUGAAGGAUCAAUUGCCAAAGGGUGGAAUUGUCCCUGCAGAUAAAACAUUAAUGUCCUUUGUGGAAACCAAUGUUUCCAUGGACCAUAAUCCCAUUGAUAUAAAGAAAGAACAAUCAGGGCAACCUGCUCUGCCAGUGCAGGAAUCUUCUAAGAGUCAAACGAGCAGGGAAGUAGAGAAAAGCAGAAGUCCUUUUGGUUCUGGCAGCAAGAAUACAAGCGAAGGAAGAAUCAAAGAGAUAAGGGCAUCUCCAGUUGGUGGCAAUAGGAGAUCAGUACCAACUAGCAGCCCCUUAUCUUCAAAGCGCUAUGUAAAGAAAUCUUCAAGCACAACUUCUAAGACUGCCAAGAACCUGAAGGAAGGGGCUAAUCUAAAAAUUCAAAAGAAUGUUGAAGAAGUCAUACCUGAGCCAACCAGCAGCGAUAAUUCACAAGAAAAAAUUUUGAAUGUGGAUGAGCCUACCACUGUUGAGAAAUCUAUGGAGCCUACUCUGGCUUGUGAUCCUCCUAACCUGUCUUUGGUCUCACCAUCACUUGGGGAAAAAAGCUCGGAGCAAGACUCUGAGAAAAUCAGUGAGUGUGGAUCUCCUGCAUCUUCGAAGAAGAGCAUUAAACAUGCUACCCAUGGAAUUCAUCCAACUAAAUCUCUGGCACCCUAUCCUCAAUCUUCUGGGAUUAAGGACAAGAGACACACGCAGAAAACAACCCUUGCCUCAUCAUCUUUAUCACCACCGUCACAAUCAGCAUCUUCAAGGAGGAUCUUCAGACAUGGUGACCAAGGAAAUCAUCAAACUAAAUCUACAGCUUCUUUUCCUUCGGUUUCUGGGAUCGAAGUCAAUAGAAAGGCACAGAAUACAAAGCAUAAUACUUCAUCAGACCCAUCUUCAUUGUCACGGUUACGAUCUUCAAGGAGGACCUUUAAACAUGCUGACAAUGGAAACCGUCUAACCACAUCUCUGAAACCCUCUCCCCUGCCUUCGGGGGUUAAAGUCAAGAGACGAAUGCAGCAUAUAAUACAUAGUGUUUCAUCAUCCUCAUCAUUGCCAUCAGCAACAGAAUCAUCUAUUCCUGCACCCAACUCUUUCAUUGGAAAACAAAAUGGUGCCACUUUUAAGAGCAGCAAAAGAGGAAACCAGUAUCCAGGUGAAAAUGUAAAGGUUGGGUUCAAAAUCAGGCCGAAGAUGAGUGCAAUAGGUGGGGCAGGAGAUAAAGUAAUUCCGGCCCGUAAAUUGAGUUUCAGAAGGGGAAAGGUGAUUGAACUUCAGCCUCAAGACAAUGUUCCUGUUCCUCGAAGACUCAAAUUUCGUCCUGCACGCUUGCUUAGUGACACUGAAAGAGAAAAGAUUGAAAGUAGAAAAUGGAUCAGGAGAUGGAAAGAAGCUGACAAAGGUGAAUCAAAUGAUGCAAAAACAAAAUCUGAAAAUGUUAUGCCCAGGGUCCAAAUUGUGGAAAGAAAUAAAAGGAGAAAUUUUGGGAGAAAAGUUGUAGACGGAAGCAAGAUUGAUGGUUCAGCAUCAGGAUCUCAGCAAGUUGUUUUAAGACACCAAAAUUUGCUUGGGAAGGAAGUUACCCGGCGUUUAUACAAUAAUGUGAUUGAAGAGACCGCAACCAAGCUUGCUGAACUCAGACAGAGCAAGGUCAAGGCUUUGGUUGGUGCAUUUGAGACAGUAAUAUCUCUUGAUUCUCCUGGUCUGGAGGCCACACCCACGUAAAUAAGAACAGAGCAUGUUGAAAAUAUAACUUUUAUGUAAAAAAUGGUAAAUUUAUGUAUGAGAAUCAGACUAGAAGGAAGAGCACGGUUCAGAAAGUGAUGGCUUUAUUUUUAAGCUUUCUGAAACGCAACUGUGAGUGUUGUGGAUCGGAUUGUUGAUGUUGUUUCGUGUAUUUACCUUGAUGUUAAAGUGUGAAUAUUUGGAAAUUGAGGAGAUUUUGUUGGUGGCACA